CUGGGUCAUAUGUUCACAUAGCAUGUCAUAGUUGCCAAAUGUCAUCGUUGAAAGAUUGGUAUAAUCACUGCCGCGUUGCGCUUAUAAGUGACCCAAUAAAGCAUAUAAUAAAUGGCUUUCCUGGCGAGGAACCAUCCAAGGAGCUGACAUAUUUAGACAAUUUUUUCAAGGCAGAUUACACUUACAAUUGGGAGGAGAUUCACAAGUUGUUCUCAUUUCAGCAAUUGAAUCAUGUUGACUUUACAUAUGAGUUCGGUGUUAAAUGCGCAAUUAAAUUGCGUCCCAUAUGGCUUCACAGUGAACGAUACCUAGCUCAGUUGCUGCAACAGGAUUAUAUCCAAUUCGAAAAGAAUGUAAACUGGAUUCAGUCGGAAACAAUACUUUGGACCUUCCUAAAAGAAGAACAAACGGAAUCGAGUACGAUAAAAAAUAUUCUACUGCUAACAUCAGUUCUGGAGAAUGCUUUAGGAAAUGUUUACUUUACUUUAACAAAGAAAACUCCUCCUCACUUAUUCCGAGAUUUGCUUAAUACAAGUGAGUUGAAGAAGGUAUUCGGAGGAUUUCCGGUUUUUUUCCUGAAAAUCUUGUUGGGGACACCGAAUUGCGUGAAUAUUCGAAAUAUAGUGUGGCACGGGUUCCCUUCAACCGACGAAAUCCCCUCAUACUAUACAGCAGUUAUCAUGUUGUGCAUAAUUAGUUUCGGAAAGAUAUUACUCAAAGCAAACUUUGAGAUUGACAAAAGAGAUAAAAUUACAAAUUUAACAGAUUACUUCGAUGGAAUCGAGGGUUUUAUUGAUGAGAAGAAACUAGAAAGCAAAAUGGUUAACGUGACAUAUUUGAACAACAUAUUUUCCAAAAUACCAUCUUCACACAUUCCAAUUUGGAAACGAAUUUACAAGCUAUAUGAAAGCGAUAGCUUUAUAGGAUGUGUGCUGCUGUUGUUGCCCCAGAUGGAGCUAUUAUUCCGCAUAAUUUUUGGGAAUGUGAACUGCGUCGAUAUUUCGGCAAAGCGUGACGAGUACUAUAUAAUAUUAGACACCGUUUUCGAAGAAUAUCUUGAAAACGGCCGUUCAAGGAUUAAUGAGGUCUAUAGAGAAAUGGACUUGGGUGUAUUAAAAUUGAUACACGACAUAUUUAUCUCACCAUUUGGGCCUAGAAUACGUGAUAAGAUCAGCCAUGGCGAAGUCGAUUUGAAUACGUUGGACAAAAGGAUAUGCAAAACCCUCAUAUAUUUAUCACUCUGCAUAUUAAACGAAGAUGUUCAACUAGGUCCUUAUGAGAGUCAAUUCCAUCCUAAUUCAUCCCUUAAUAAAGACUUAAUCUCAACUGAGUUAACUAUAUUCAAAGUCAGAUCGCUUGAAGUCCCUGAGCAGUUACAGACAGUCUUAGAUUGGGAUUUGGCUGAAAAUCCAUCACCCUAUGCUCAUGGUUUAAGAAAAAUUCAACACGAAGAAAUAAAAAUUUUCUUUCGUCCAGAAAAAGAGCCUGAAAUUGUCACAUAUUUAACGAAUAUUAUUAAAUCAGUUGAUUUGGCUUGCUGUAAUCUAAUGGAAAGUUUCGAAGAAAGAUUUGAUUUAUUCGAAAAAAAACUAUUGAGAUCAAAACGUAGACAAACUUUGAUAAAAAUGCUACAAACACUACCAAAAGUUUGGUAUUUUUUAUAUGAUAUCCUGAAUAUUUCAAAUAAUAUUUUUGAUCGUCUUCAAAGUGAUGGAGAUGGAUUUCUCAGGGAGCACGGUAAUGAACUUUUAAGAUGUCUUAAACAUGUUUUGAAAUUUGCGGAGAAUAUGUCGAAAUAUUGCAAUAAAGCCAGCAACGUGUGGGAAAGAUGCGAAGCUCUGCAUUCGAAAUUUUAUGAGUUGUUGAAUAAACAUAAAAAGAUUUUAGUCUAAUAAAUUGCUUUUAUUGGAAAACAA